AUGGCUUCCACCGCCGCAGCCAAGAAAAUAUGGUUCAUCACCGGCGCCUCCUCAGGCCUCGGCCUCAACAUGGCCCUCAGCGCCCUCCGCGCCGGCCACCGCGUCAUCGGCACCGGCCGCAACAUUGAAAAGGCAUCCUCCGAGCACCCAGAAUUCGCAACGCUCGGCGGCGAAUGGCUCCAGCUGGACGUGGCCCAGCCCAAUGCUGAGCAGGCCAUCCAGCAGCUCGUCGCCAAAGAGGAGCAGAAGCUCGGCAAGGACAAAGACUCGGCCCACUGGGUGGUUGUGAACAAUGCGGGCAACACUCUGCUCGGAGCGGUGGAGGACAUGAGCGAGGGCCAGAUGCAAGAGUACUUGCAGACCAACCUGUUUGGCUUCAUUCGCGUGUGGAAGGCUCUGCUGCCGACGUUGCGGCGCAAUCGGACGGGUACCCUCAUCAGCAUCUCGUCCAUUUGGGGGUUCGUGCCCAAGUCAGAGCACAUGCUCUACGGUGCUGCAAAGGCGACGACGGAGUAUUUGACGGAGUCAUAUGCUACUCUUCUCGCGCCGUCUGGUAUCCGGACCAUGAUCAUUGAGCCUGGUGGCUUCAGGACUCCUUUCGCUGGCAACAACUCCAAGGCAGAUGGUGGCAUCUCCGAGGACUAUAAGCCCCUGAUCCAAGCCUGGGUGGAUAUAGUCAAUGCGGCCUCAAAGGAUCCGACCUUGGUCAAUGGUGAUCCAAUCAAGUUUGGCGAUAGAGUUGUUGACGCCGUCGAGGGCCGGGGCUUGUUCGAUAGUAUAUGGGCGGAGCAAGACAGGACAAAGGCCCUGAGAGUUCAGCUCGGGUCGGACAGCUACAGCCUGUUUGAGCAGAGGCUCAGCGACUUGCAGAAAGGGUUUGUGAGGAUGGCCGAAGUGGCAAAGUCGACGGACGUCUGA